AUGGCAUUUGGUAUUGGUUUAACGACGCAAAUGAAAGGCAACAAUGGAGAAUCCCUGACAAAAAUGGCAAGCGGCAAUUCAACAUCAACAGCGACGUCUAUCUGGCUUAGCUUGAUCGCCUUAACGCUGCAAUCGAGGCGAAAAGACAGCGCAAAAAAAAACCACAUCGUGUUCCAUCACGAUAACGCCCGCCCACAUGUUGAGCGCCGUGCAAUCGAAUCCAUCGCCAAUAAGGGAUGGGAUCUGCUCCCACAUCCGCCGUACUCACCGACAGUAGCACCAACGGACUAUCAUGUCAGACACUCUUUGAAAAACUGGCAAACAAACAAAGUCUAUGACGACUUCGAUGACUUGGUGGCUGAUGUCAAAGCGUGGAUUACCUCCAAGAAUCGUGACUUUCACGCGCAAUCGACCGACUGCCAAGCAAAUGGGAAGCAGUUCUUGAAAUGGAUGGUGACCAUGCUGUCGAAUGAUCAUUUAAACAUGUUUUGA